CCGCUCCCGCAUCCACCGUAAACUCCCCUUUCUUCAGAGUAAUCUUCGGACUUAAGCUGCCAAGUCUAAGUUUUACCUUUUACCCAUUAUCACAAUAUAUUCCUAGAGUCGCUUCUCUGUUAUCCAUAUACGCUAUUCUUCAAGCAACUUGAAUUUAUAUCAUGGGUGGAAGUUCAAUAGAUGAUGAUUGGGAGCUUACUACCUCAACUAAUGAGACCCGAACAAUGGUCUUGGUUGGACGUACUGGCAAUGGAAAAAGUGCAACAGGUAAUAGCAUUCUUGGAAGGAAGGCCUUCAAGUCAAGGGCAAGUUCAUCUGCUGUAACAAGCACUUGUGAAUUGCAGAAAGCUGUGCUAAGAGAUGGUCAAACUGUUAAUGUUAUUGACACCCCAGGACUAUUUGAUUAUGCUGUGGGAUCUGACUUUGUUGGGAAGGAAAUUGUAAAGUGCAUUGAUCUGGCCAAAGAAGGGAUUCAUGCCAUCCUUGUAGUGUUCUCUGUCAGAACUCGCUUUUCCCAAGAAGAACAAGCUGCUCUUCGUAACUUGCAGACAUUGUUUGGAAACAAAAUAGUUGACUACAUGGUUGUGGUCUUCACUGGAGGGGAUGAACUAGAAGACAAUGAUGAAACUUUGGAAGAUUACUUAGGUCGUGAGUGCCCAGAGCCUUUACAGGAAAUUCUUGUUUUGUGUAAAAACCGGUAUGUGCUUUUUGAUAACAAGACCAAGGAUGAAAAAAAGCAGUUUGAACAAGUUCAGCGGCUUCUUUCUCUUGUAAACAUGGUCAUUGCACAAAAUGGUGGACAACCUUAUAUGGAUGAGUUAUUCACUGAGUUGAAGAAAGGAGCAAGGAGGCUUCAUUACCAACAAUUAGAGGUCGAGGCCUUAAAAGGAUAUUCAAAAAGUGAGAUCAAGGAGAUCAAGGAACAGAUGCAUCGUACUUAUGAUGAACAACUAAAACGAAUUACUGAUAUGGUUGAGACGAAGUUGAAGGAAGCAACUGCUAGGCUUGAGCAACAAUUGGCUGAGGAGCAAGCUGCGAGGCUUAAGGCAGAGGAGAUUGCAUUUUUAGCUCAAAAGAGAUCAGAUGAUGAAAUUCGGAAGCUUCGGGAAAAUCUGGAGAUGGCGCAUGAAGAACUCCGUAAACGAGGCGAAAGCCGUUGCGCCAUUCUGUGAUGGCUCCUCUUCAUUACUUUGGAAGAGUUAUUAUUGUUUAUAGAUCCCAUCAACAUGACUAGCUCUCUCAUGUAAAUGUCUUCGUUAUGCAAAAACGUCUUAAUUAUUUGCGGAGGGUACCAUUUUAUUUGAAGAGACAAAUUCUAUUGACUUACCUGGAAAGACGUGUGUUGGCAUGGUAAUGUUAAUUUUUUUUUUUAACUUUA